ACGUCGCGCAAAUUUUUGUAGUGUUAGAAAUGCUGAUCACGAAAUUAAUUCUUCCAACUCACAUUUUAUUUUAAAAAAUGUUUGUGACACAUAUCCUAUUCAUUUUCUGUGCCAUUUCACGUGUCACAAGUGAGAUAAAAAUAUCAGAUGAAGAUUAUAAGUUACUGCCGCCAAUAUUUCACAUCGAUCCUUACGACAAAUGUCUACAGGAAAAUAAAACUUUUUGCAGGAUAAGUAUCAAAUUAUCACCAAGCAAAAACAAGACAAAAAUCUGGAAUCUAAUUGAGGAGACGAAAAUCUCGAAGCGUUUCUACAACCAUGACGAACUUUAUUACGCAAUUUGCGUCGAAAAUGGCCAAAAGAACGAAACUUUAUCGGAACUUUACACCAACAAGUUCAAAAAUGCCAGUUUACGAGCAACAGUUGUGGAAAUAAACUGCCAAGAGCACAAAUACGAAAUAAAAACGUUCGAUAUUCUAGUUUUAACUUGUAUUAUUCUGUACUUAUUAUUGAUACUUGUGGCGACAUUGUAUCACUUGAAAACACCCAAUGGGCACAAAUUCCUGAUUUUGUUUUCCCCGUGGCACAAUUUCCAAAACUUGAAACGCAAUUUUAAGCAAAGAAAUUGCGAAAAAUUGAAAUGUAUCCAAGGAAUUCGCUUCUAUACCACCGUUCUUAUUAUUUUCUGCCACACGUUUUGCAGUUACUCUGGUGGUUACAUCGCCAAUACCAAAUAUCUGGAAGACUUUCCGCAAAAUUUCAUCAGACAUGGUUUGAGAAACUUGUUUGUUUUUUUGGUACAAACCUUCUUUCUGGUCUCAGGUUGGCUCUUAUCGUACAACACGUUCAAAAUUUUCGAUAAAACAAAACGGGGCGAUUUUUUCAAGUAUUGGUGUCUCACGUUUUUGAACCGAUAUUUGAGGUUGAUACCGCCAGUUUUAUUGAUGGUAUCGCUGGGCACAAGUGUCUGGAUCUAUGGGUCUUUCCAUGGGCCCAUUAAGUACGUUUACUCCGAUCGGGAGUAUGAACGUUGUCAGAGAAGCUGGUGGGUGAUUUUUUUAUUUCUGAGCAAUCAUUACCAACAACAUGACAUGUGUUACUUCACCAAUUGGUACCUGUCUGCCGAUACACAACUUUACGCAAUCUCGUUAGUUCUCCUAAUAAUUAUUUUAAAAUUCGAACGUUUGAGGGUUCGAAUAAUGACAAUUUUUCUACUCAUUGGCAUUUUUAUUCCAUCACUGGUCGCAUUUUUCUACGAACUUGACAUUAUUUACAGAAUUACGCCCGAGAAUUCAAAAAACAAUCUCUUCCAAUCAUUCGAAUUCAGCGCCACUUACACGUCCACUUACUCAAACAUGGCCACCUACAUUUUAGGAUUAAUACUCGGUUAUGUCUAUUUUCGGCUUGAAAAUAGGCCAGUUUUUGGCAAAAAACAUUUUGUCCUCUUGUGGUACAUUUUAGUCAUAGGUCUCCCGUUAUCGGUAAUAAUAAUUUCCUCGUUUGAAUUUAAUCGAGUCGCCUCGGCACUUUUGGCGGGGAUUUUGAAACCACUGUAUGCCUUAGGGAUUGGGAUCGGGAUUUUUGGCAUGUCGCAACAAAUUGGGGGUUUUUUGAAAUCGUUGUGCGAAUGGAAGCCAGCUUUAUUUUUGGGGAACGUCACUUACAGCACCUAUGUUGUGCAUUUUGGGAUUGUUUUUAGCAGGACAGCGUUGGCCACGAAACCACUGCCAGUUUCUGACUACGUUUUGUUUGUUUCGUUUGUUGAGGACACGGUCUGGUCGUUUCUUUGCGGGUUUUUGAUGCAUCUGCUGGUGGAAAUGCCAGCGUCUCAGCUUCAGAAAAUGUUAGUUCCUAAAUUUAGCCACGGAUCUGAGAAGAAAAUUAAGAAGUGACUUUUGAAGAAUUGUUUCUAUAAUAGUUACUAAUAAAAGAAUUGGCUAAA